AUGAAAAACAAUACUAAUAUGAAAUUCACUUUGGCUUUGGUUUGUGCCCUUUUGGGUGUUGCUGCUGCUGAUGUUUCGCAUUUGAGUGGUGCCUACGAUUAUCCCAAACAGGAUUCUGGUUAUAACUAUAAUGGUCCUGUCCAACAAGGUGGUUAUCAUUAUGAGGCUCCAGUUCAACCUCAACAAACUUACUUGCCUCCUGCCCAACCCCAACAAACCUACUUGCCUCCUGCUCAGCCACAGCAGACAUACUUGCCACCUGCCCAGCCCCAACAAACCUACUUGCCUCCUGCUGAGCCGCAACAAACUUAUUUGCCUCCUUCUCAACCUCAACAAACCUACUUGCCCCCCGCUCAACCUCAACAAACCUACUUGCCUCCUGCUGAACCCCAACAGACCUACUUGCCCCCUGCUCAACCCCAACAAACCUACUUGCCCCCUGCUGAAGGUCUUGCUCAAGAUGGUUAUCAUUAUCGCACUGUCAAACGUUAUCGUUUCAGAUCUCAUUAA